AUGGCCGGGCAUUGGAGUGAGACAAUUCCAUGGAUUUGGUCCCCAGACUGGCACGACAGUAGCGAUGUUGCUCGCAUUCUGCAAUUUCGCAAGCGCUUUGAGAUCAAACAGGUCCCCGCGCAAUGCCUGGUGCACGUUUCAGCCGACACCCGCUACCGACUCUUCGUUAAUGGCCAGCGUGUGUGCUUUGGGCCUGCAAAAAGCACUCUGGCCGAAUGGAACUAUGAGACGAUUGACAUAGCGCCCUUCUGCAGCGUCGGGACAAAUGUCAUCGCGGCCAGGGUGCUCAGAUAUUCCCCGCGCCAGCCAGGUACCAUGUCGUUUAUACGAGGCCCAAUUGCAGGGUUUAUUCUCUAUUCGGAUAACUUGGACAUAUCCACCGAUGGGCCGUGGCUCUGCAAAGCGGACGACGCAGUUUGUAUCAUCUCCCCAAAACGAAGCAACCCUGCUCUCGGGCCACCGCUUUUGCUUGUGAACGAGGAGGUUGACGGGAAACGGGAGGAUUUUGGUUGGUGCACAAGCUACUACGACGAUUCAACAUGGGUAACUGCCGUCAAGGCCACGUUGAAGACGCCGAUGGUCCCUGUCCUCGAAGCACGCAGGCUGAUACAGCGAACAAUCCCUCUUCUUCCGGAGAUUGAUGGGCGGUUCUCGGGAGCAGUCACUCGCCAGGGAACUACCGCCGAGGAGGCCAUUCACUGGAGAGAGCUCGUACGAAACGACCAGCAGGUCUGGAUAGACAGUAAUAGCCAGGUCACAGUCACACUGGAUGCAACUAUACUGACAACCGCCUUUCUUGAGUUGCGCUUCCAAGGUGGAGCCAAGUCGCGCAUCCGAAUCCGUUGUGCAGAAUGCUUCGAGGCGCCCGCUACAGACAGUCCCGACCCCUUUACGAGAAACAAGGGCGAUCGCACAGAUCCUGCCGGUGUUCUCGUGGGCUACGAUGACAUCUAUACUGUCAGCAGUACGAACGAUGUCAAUAGCUCAACAUACUAUGAGCCCUUCUGGUUCCGCACGUUUCGGUACAUCGAGUUGCAGAUCGAGACGUUCGAUAUGCCGCUGUGCAUCCAGAGACUCAUGUACCGAUCCACCAACUAUCCGCUAGAAAUUAAGACAACGUUUUCCCACUUCCCCUCGACGGAGACCGCCAAGCAAUGGGAUAUUAGCUUGAACACCCUCCGCAACUGCAUGCACGAGACUUACGAAGACUGCCCCUACUAUGAGCAGAACCAGUUCGCCAUGGACGCCCGCCUGCAGAUCCUUUUCACCUACCAGCUUUCGCACGAUGACCGACUGGCGCGUAAGUGUAUGCGGGAAUUCUACUCCAGCCGCCGGCCUGACGGACUCAUUGAGACACACUACCCCGCUCCAUUCCCCGUUGUCAAUAUCCCAUUCUUCUCACUGUACUGGGUCCUUAUGGUGCAUGAUCAUAUGAUGUAUGUUGGAGACAGAUCAUUGGUACGCGGUUAUCUUGGUACCGUUGAUGGGAUUCUCGACCAUUUUCACCAGCGGGUAGAGGAGGAUGGCCUCGUAGGUCGGUUUGCCUGGGACGUCUGGCCAUUCGUCGACUGGGCGAAGGAGUGGACGUUGGGAAAGGGUGACUUUCGUCAGUUGGCCGUUCCGCCGGCCUACCACCGCACGGGUAAAAUGACAUAUAGCAGCUUGAUAUAUGCCUAUACCCUACAACAGGCUGCCGCGUUGUGCAAGUACGCGGGAAGACAUGAUACGGCAGCCGAGUACAACCGGCGCGCAGCAGAUCUCAACGAAGCCGUCUUCAAGCAUUGCUUCCGAGGAGAAUUCUUGGUCGAUGGGCCGGAUAGCCCUAUUGAGGAGCGUAGUCAGCACGCGCAAGUGUUUGCAGUUCUGUCCGGGGCACUGGAAGGGGAAACUGCCCGCAAGGUGCUGCAACGGGCUUUGGUAGAUGAAAGUUUCGCACGCUGCUCCUAUGCCAUGUCCUUCUACGUCUUGGAGGCCACUCACAAGGUGGGCAUCUAUGAUCAACUCCGCCACAGCUUGUUGAAUCCGUGGCGUGAGAUGAUGGACCUCAAUCUUACAACGUGGGCGGAGUCCGCGGCCAUGCCCCGAAGUGACUGUCAUGGGUGGAGUGCGGUUCCCAUUCAUGACGUGGUUGCAAAUCUCGCUGGGCUGAGACCUGCUGCACCUGAAUUUGCCACAAUCUCGUUUGAGCCGCGGCGGGAGCACUGGGAGAAGAUGGCGGGCACCUUCGCGAUUGGAUUGGGCACAGUGACGGUAUCGUGGGAGCCAGGGAAACCGGUGCUCCUGACAACGAGCUUUGAUACCCGCAUUCAGUACAAGGACCGGACAGGAAACGUCAGCUCGUAUGAUGUGCGAAAGAAUGAGCCACUGAUAUUUCCUUAG